AUGAAGCAAUUCGAUGGCAAGACUGACAUGUUCUACCGUGAACAGACACUAGCAAAUCUUCGCUUCUUGUUCGACAGCACGGUCGACAUCUUGACCUGCGCUGGCGAUCAUGGCUGCGUGAUCGCAUUUGUAUGCCAAACCCGGUGUGAUGGGGAGCGGGUCAAGACCAUGCAAACAUACGCAGGGAAUGUGUCCAAGGCACUGAAGGCGUUACAUGACAUGUCAUGCACGCGUCUUAGGGAGUUUUCCACUGAUUGCGGCCAUGAGUUACAUCGUGAGCACUUAGAACAGUGCCACAUAGCUAUGCCUACGCAACCACAACUUCCACUAGGGUCAAACAAUCUUGCGCUAUCGGAAGAUAGCAAUGUGUUGAUUGACAUGCCUGUCCCAGAGGAAGAGCCCGAGCAAGGGGAACCCGAAAUUCAUGAAGCGGAGCAUGGCCAAGAAGAAUCAACCAAUAUUGCCAUACCUCAAGAACGGAGUGGUAAUCUGACAGACACCGCUCUAGAGGUUUCUCAAGAUAACUUCACUCCUUCGACUUCAGUUUCUUCACACGCGCGUGUGAGGGGAUUUUCAAUACUCUUGGAUAUUCAAUAUCCGUUCAAGAGGCCUAUGGGUGCUCUGAGAUAUAUAGAAAGCCCAAGCCGUCAGAAUAUUCUACAGAUUGUGGCGCAGAUUUUGUCUACAAGUGAGAUCCCGGAUGACCCAAUCUUGCCCAUGAAAUCUCUGAGUGUUCGGAAAGGGAACACUGUAUAUGAUGUCCUAGGUUACCCACAGGAUGACAUUGGCAGCUUACUGGACGAUGUUCUUGAGUCCGAAAAGCUUAUCAAGAUUGAAUGUGUUCAUUAG